AUUGUUGAGAGCUUGCAGCCCGUGCCGCUAACUUCUUAGCGCAAUAUUUAUCCUGAGAGCGUGUGCGACCCCUGGCCAGCGACUUUGAUCCCUGCUCGCGACUCUUGACCCAUUUCACUUCAUCGGGUCCUUCUGUCAGAGCGAGUGGAGUUUGAGGUUGCUCCAUACGCAUCCAACCUAACAGCGCGUCGAGGGCCCGGUCCCGCGCCCUCUUUAACGCCUGCGGACCGCGAUGGCCGGCGAACCCGCCAAGACGUCCAGCGCGUACUGGCGCUGGGCGCUGGCGGCUGGUGUGCCAGUGGCGUGGUACCUAUACUCCCGCGGCCGGAAAGCAGAGGACGAGCGCACGGACAUCGAUGCCUUCUUCAAGGCGCCCGAGCCGGUUGGCUCUACUGGCAGCCGGCCCGUGGGCGGCGGCCUGCAGAGCGGACCCAUUGACGCCUUCUUCCGAAACGCGGGCGAGGAGGUGGACACACGCAACCCACUUGACUUCGAUAGCUUCCUGGUCGGCAACAAGCGCGGUGCGGCUGGCAAAGCCGCCUCUGCCACUGCUGCGCCCGCGAAGCCCAAGGAGGCAGGCCCCUCGCCCGAAAUGAAGCCCGUGACGGUGUUGUACGGCACCGAGUUCGGUUUCAGCAAGGAGAUCGCAGAAAAGCUGUGCAGCCAGCUCAAGGCCGCGGGCUGCAAGCUGUGGCCCCAGCUGGAGAACAUGGCCGACCACGCGGAUGGCUAUGACUUUAGCAAGGCACAGGUGGCUGUACUGGCCUGCUCCACACAGGGUGACGGCGUGCCGCCUACCGAGGCUCGCGAGUUCUGCGAGUGGCUGUUCGCGGGCAAGGCCGGCAGCCUGGCGCACCUGCAGUACGCGGUGUGCGCCCUGGGCGACAAGUCCUACACGCACUUCUGCCGCUGCGGCAAGCAGCUGGACUCGGCGCUGGAGGCCGCGGGCGCCAAGCGCCUGGCGGAGCGUGUGGAUGUGAACAAGGAGGACUGGCCGGUGGUGGAUGCCUGGCUGGAGGGCGUGGUGGCAGCCGUGCGUGGCAUGGCGCUCAAGAGCUUUGUCGAGCUGGGGCUAGAUGUGGGCGACAGCAGUGCCGCGAAGGCCGCUGCGCCCAAGAAAUGGGGUAAGAGCCGGCCCUACUUUGCGACGGUGCUGGCGCUGGAGGGCCUGUGCACGCUGUCCGGGCCUGACGACAAGAACACGGUGCGCAUGGAGCUGGACCUCGGCGACAGCGGCAUCGGCUACCUGCCCGGAGACGCGCUGGGCCUGUACCCUACCAACCAGCCGCAGGCUGUGGAGGAGCUGCUCCGCGUCAUGGGUGCCUCCGCCUCCGAAUCGGUGCCUGUGCCCAGCUGGCACUACGAGGAGGAGGGCGUGGCGCCUGGGGGCAGCAUGCCGCUGGCGCAGGCGCUGACCAAGUGCUACGACAUCAGGUCGCCCAAGCCCGAGCUGCUGAGGCUUCUGGUGGCGGCGCUGGACGGCACCGCCAACGAUCACGCAGCUAACGGCCACGCGAACGGCCAUGCGAACGGCCACGCCAUCAACGGCGACGCUGCGGCUGUGCCUCCGCAGCAGCGGCUGCGUGACGCGCUCAAGGACCAGGCCGCCAUUGAGGCCUACCUGGAGCCGCGCCACGUGGUGGAUGUGCUGGCGGACGCCGCACCUGCCAAGCUCACCAGCUCGCAGGUGCUGUCCUGCCUGCGUCAGCUGCAGCCGCGCCUGUACUCCAUCUCCUCGUCGCCGCUGGAGGCGCCGGCGCGCGUGCAGGUGACGGUUGCCGAGGUCAAGUACCUGAGCCUGGGCAAGGGGCGCGUCGGCGUCUGCUCCACCAUGCUUUCGGAGCGCCUCAAGGUGGGCGCGCGCGUGCCGGUGUACGUCCACAAGAACCCUGACUUCCGCCUGCCUGCCGACGCGGCUCAACCCAUUAUCAUGGUGGGCCCCGGCACGGGCCUGGCGCCCUUCCGCUCCUUCAUCCUGGAGCGCCUGCUGGAGGCGCAGGCCAGCAACGGCAAGAAGGCCCCCGGCGAGAUGGUGCUCUACUUUGGGUGCCGCCGCUCCGACCAGGACUACCUCUACGGUGACGUGCUGGAGGGCUGGGCGGCGGAGGGCAAGAUCAAGCUAUUCACCGCAUUCUCGCGCCAGCAGGCCCAGAAGGUGUACGUCCAGAACCGGCUGACGGAGAGCGCGGACCUUGUGUGGGGCCUGCUCGAGAAGGGCGCGCACUUCUACGUGUGCGGCGACGCCAGCUCCAUGGCGGGCAGCGUGGAGAAGGCGCUGCUACAGCUCAUUGGGGAGCGGCUGGAGGCGGGACCGGCGGGCGCGGACGCGUACUUGCAGAAGCUAUCGGACACCGGCCGCUACCAGCGCGAUGUCUGGUACUGAAGAAGCGCUUAGAUGGGGAUUGCUGCAGGUGUGCGUUGUGAGUUGAUUUAGCUGUGUGGCUAUUACCGCAAUGUUUGCUGGUGAAUGCAAAUGCUAGACAAUGGCUAUGUGCAAAGCGCGUGCGUUUGUAUGUGUCGUGGGGGCAGGCGACAGGUGGCCAGAAAAUUGUGCUGCUGUCGUGGCACAAGGUGGAGGAACGGGUGGUGGGGCGCCCUGUGCGCACAAGUGAGCAGGGCCUGCUGCCGAGCGUCGGAGCGUGCGCUCUAAAUUAAGCUCCGAGUUGCCCGUGACUAGGUAAGGGUAAGACAUCAUCAAGUUGCAGCGCACAGUUGUGUUGCCGGCUUGUGCGCAUGUUGGUCAAGGUGAAGCAAAUCUCAUAAUUUGCCGCUACGAUAUUGCCUACUAAGUGCGGUAAACGUGAGCAGCGGAGAGGAGGAGGCGUACGAUUACCGGGUUGUGCUUCUAGCACGUUGCGUCUGUUGCCGCGCUUUGUGCCCGGGAAUCCAGUAAGGCCCUCGGGGUGGCAUCCCUAUCUGUGACACAUUCUUGAAUUUGUUGCGGCUGCGCAUGAAAGCUAUUGGAUGGCCUUCGAGGAAUCGAGGGCGAGGGUUAAGCCGUGAAGUUGAGGAGCCGCCCACGGCCGCCCUGACUGCAGCUGGGGCCUGAUUGAGAUGAGGCUCGAAAACCUUUAGCCCGAGUCCAUUGAACUCUAGUUGACUGGUACUCACGGUGACCCAUAAUCAGCGAGUUGGAGCGCGCGACACGGGCAUGUGCCGGCACAUGCCGGUUAGUCACAUCGGGAACCUCAAGGCGCUGACGCCCGCCGGCGCCGCAGGCUCUUUUAGGCUGGUACUGCUUGGCAUGUUGCUCAACUAUUAUUGUGCUUUGUGCUGGAGAAUCCCCAGGGGCCCAAGGGGCGCCCACUCGUUUCGAACGUUUUCAAAGUGUCACAGGCGCGCUUGAAACCUAUCCGAAG